AUGAAUCAAUCGUUUGGGAAUCAUGGAUCAUCUGCGGCAUUCGACGAUGAUAUGCCCACCGAUACAAUGAAGAAGGCAAGCGCCUUCAUCAUGGAGAUGGAGCAGAUGAUAAAGGAUGAGUUGGCGAUGCUCGAGAAGUUCUAUGUAACAGAUCACCAAGAUGUACCCUAUGAGAAGGCAAUCAACAAAGCAAAGAGAAAGUUUGAAAAGAGGCGAGGACCAACACUUAUCAAACCAUUGAAUAAGAAGAAGAAUAGAAUAGUUGUGGGAGAUAUGGAGUUUGAUCCAGUGGCAAGACUGUGGAAAGGAAACGACUCGGAUCUGGUCAACUUCCCAAGAGGAGGCGCACCGGCACUCAUCACAAACAUGGGCAGGAAUGAGGAGCGAGUCGUUGGCAACAUGAAAUGGGAUCCAAGACAGAAGGAGUGGAAGGGCAACGAAGCAGACCUAUCAAAGUUUAGAAAGCCAGGCUUGAUCACACCACUUAACUCUAUGUUUGAUACCAAAGUUCAAAAUGGAAUGGUCCUCGAUCCAGUCUCAAUGAAGUGGCGCGGUAAUGAAGAUGACCUUGAUGUGUUUGAAACAAUGGAUGAUCAGAACAAUGAUAACACAUUCACAGAGGAGGGCGAGUUCAAUAUGACAAAGACAUUAUUGGACACUUUGAAGGAGAGCGAGAGACAACAUGAGAGCUUAAGCGGAUGGUUCACUGAGGAGAGGGACCUUGAGGACAGAGAGUUCCUGCGAUCGAUUAGACAGAUGUCCAUCGCCAAGCUGAUAAAGAACACUACAAAGCUAUAUCACCAGCAGCAGGCGCUGAAGGAUGGCGGAUCGACAGGACCAGCCAACGGCGGUCUGAUGGACUCGAUCAACGUCCUGCCCAUGCUACUAAAGAACAAGAAGAAGGUCGUCGACGAGACCAACGACUGGGACGACGUGGACUUCUCCGACAAGCCCGCACUCAAGCUCAAGCUGAACCUGCACCAGGACGCCAAUGAUCAGGAAGAUGACCUGGCAUCGACAUGGGACAAGGAGAUGGGAUUCACAUCUGACGACGAUGUCGUCACCACCUCGGGUGGCAGUCGCAACCAGACGCCAAGGAGCAACAGCGUCAACAACAUGAUAUUGAACACACCAGCAGCAACCACUCCGGGACAAAAGCAAGGCUCAGAGGAAUGGACAGACUAUGGAACACUAGAUCCAAGCAAAUUAGACAAGUAUAGAGAGAAAGAGGACUUAUCCGACGACGACCUCGAUUGGAGUGGCUUCGGAACGAACAGCAGCAGCAACAACAACAACAACAAUACAAGCACCAACAGCAUCAUUAGCAACAGCAACAAGUCAGCCAUCAAGAAAUCCACCGGCUUGAAGACCAUCCUGGGCGGAUCAAUCUCCAAGACACUGAGCAACUUUAACGACAAGGGCGGCAGUCUGAAGCGCGGCGGCACACUAAACAACAUCCCGCCCCUAUCGAUCAGCAACAGCAGCACACCAAUCAGCUCGAGCAACAGCACCACGCCCAACCAGGUCGAGGAAUACUUUGACGACGUCGAGAUCAAGGGCCCUCUGGCGCUCAAGCAACGCAUGCACGCCGACAACUUUGAUCAGUUUGACGACAUGUCGUCAGCAUCGUCCAAACGCAACACACCAAUAUCAUUUGGCCAUGACAUUGUCGAGGAGGAGUGGCCCGAUGUCCACAUCCCCGCAGACCUGGCCACCAAGCGACCAAACGACAUCACCAACCGAAAGACAUCCCCAGUCAACAAACAAACGAUCGAGGACUAUAGCGACGAGUUGGCUGUGCCCAACACCAGUGCACCACUCAUACUCAAGAAGCCACAGCAGCUGUCAGACAAUCCAUUUGGCGACGACAGCGAUGAGGGAUGGGACGACGUCUACUUCCCCGACAACUUCAAGGGCUCGCCCGUCCAGAACACACUCAACAACUUCCUUUCCACACCCAACAGCAACACAAAAAGCAGUCCGAGCACUUCCAGCCCACCUACACCGUUGGCAGACUACCAUCCCAACAUAGCCUCACAGCAGCAGGCUACGCCAUUCAAGCCCGCCGUCAAGAGGGGGUGA